GAUCACAAACUUAAACAUAUGGCCGAAUUGCAACAGUCGGUGGUUACCGAUCAGGAUACACGUCUACAAAUUCAAGGCCAAAUACUUCAAUGGGAAGAAAAUCUUGAACGUUUGCAUUGUGAACAAUUUCGUUUGCGCUGUUAUAUGGCCUCGUUACAGAGUGGCGAAUUACCAAAUCCAAAAUCACUACUUACACAUGUCUCACGCCCUACCAAAAAUACUCUCAAUAAAUUGGGCGUCUUUACGGUUUCCUCGUUUCAUGCAUUCAUUUGUGCCCGUUCACCUUCGUUACUUAAUAAUUUAUUGGCUGGUCGUGGCGCUACGAAACGUCGUCCACCCAUGUUGUCGCGUUCGAAUAGUGGUUCGAGUCGUCGUUCGAUGCAGUUGAAUUCUCGUGAUGAACCGGAAAAAACAUUCAAAGUUGCAAUGCCUGACAAUGCUUACUCGACUGUUUACCUACGUGACGCGAUGUCAGUGGAAGAGUUUCUGGCAAGUGCUUGUGCCCGACGCAAUCUCAAUCCCAUGGAACAUUUCGUACGUGUUAAGAAACGACGUGACAUGGAAGAUCACAAUUACUUUGUGCCACACCGAAAUGAUUUAAUCGAAAAUUAUUUACAUAAUCACGAAUUCGUAGAAGUUUGCAUGAAAAUUUUAUAUCAAGUCGAAUUACAUCGUACAACAUUGGAACAGAUGUGGGGUUUCUCGGUUGAAGCUGAACUUAUUGAAAAUGCUGAACGACAGGAUGAACUGUGCUGUUAUGUCAGUCGCGUGGAAGAUAAAAGUGUAGCAAUGCAAAAUGGUAUUAUCAAGGGAGAUGAAAUAAUGGUCAUAAAUGGUGCUAUUGUAUCCGAUCUAGAUAUGAUGUAUCUGGAGAGUGUUCUACAGGAGGAGCAGUCAUUAAGCAUGAUGAUGCGUUCAUCACGUACUGAACCACCAGAUCUUGGUGGCAUUAUGCGUGUUACUGAUGAUAUGAUUGAUUCCCUUGUUUGUCCACCACCACCUUCGGAUCCACCAGUAAUGAGUGAAGAAAUGAUUACUGGUUUAAUAGUACCGGCCCCAGGUUGGAAUGGCACCGGUAAAGAUUUAUACUCACCAGAGGCAGAAAGCUCACCGGCUCCUUCGUUCGUUGAACCAACGGUUGUCACUCAAGUUGCGGGUACAGCCACUAAACCAACGUCACGCACAAGCAGUUUCGAAAUUGAAAAUCUACUAAAAACAGCCGAACAGGUUACCGGAUUUUGUCGUUCACCUCAGGAAACUCGCAAAUCAAGCCCUACUGGUUCCGUUACAUCCUCGGUUUCAAAUGCAGCUCUAACGCCCUCACGCCAACUAACGGAUGCCGAAAAGUUGCGCAAAGUUAUUUUAGAAUUAGUGGAUACGGAGAAAACUUAUGUCAAGCAUUUGAAUAAUCUUUUGGAGAACUAUUUGGAACCGUUGAAACGUGAGACAUUCUUAUCGAAUGCUGAAAUUAAUGCUCUCUUUGGCAAUAUCCAUGAAAUUGUUACUUUCCAAAGACAAUUUUUGCAAAAUCUUGUCGAAGCAUUGGAACUUGAACCCGAGUUUCAUAAAUUGGAUCAUCCUAGUCAAUAUAGAAAUGUACUUUUUGCAAUUGGUUCCGCAUUUCUUUACUAUGUAAAUCAUUUUAAACUGUAUUCGUCGUUUUGUGCCAGUCAUAGUAAAGCUCAAAAAGUUUUACAUCCAAAUGAGGGAAAUCAUGCUUUGCAAGAGUUCCUAGCUGCUCGUAAUCCCAAACAGCAGCACAGCUGUACUCUGGAAUCAUAUUUGAUAAAACCCAUACAACGUAUACUCAAAUAUCCUCUACUGCUGCAGCAAUUGCGCAAUCUAACCGAUUCUCGAGCUGAUGAACACUUGCAUUUGUGCGAGGCUUUAAAGGGCAUGGAAAAGGUGGCCGAACAUAUUAAUGAAAUGCAAAGAAUACAUGAGGAAUAUGGUGCCAUAUUUGAUCAUUUAUUCCGGCAACAUCAAAAGUCUUGCAAGCAACCUAUCGAUCUUAGUCCAGGUGAUCUUUUAUAUUAUGGCGGAGUUGAGUGGUUAAAUAUUUCAGAUUUUCUGGGCAAAAUCAAAAAAGGCUUGGAGCUUCAUGCCAUGUGUUUUGUCUUUAAAUCAGCGGUUGUGUUCCUUUGUAAAGAGCGUCUUCGUCAGAAGAAAAAACUUAUGGGCGUUUCAAGUAAAACUACACCCAAUGAAGUUGAAAUUAUACGUUAUCAAGUUCUAAUACCGGUAACAGAGGUACAAGUUCGUGCUUCUUCGGCCAAAGAUAUGGAUUCGCAUUUCUUGUGGGAAUUGAUACAUCUUCGUUCACAGUUACAGCGUCGUUCCGAAAAGGUCUAUGUACUAUCGAAUAGUACAGCCGAUUUCCGUAAUGCAUUCCUAAAAACCAUACGACAAAUCAUACGUGAAAGUGUGCGUAAUAUGUCGAUUCCUAUGAAAAAUUUCGGUGGCAGCUCCGGUUCCGUGUCGGGCAUGUCAUCGCAGGGUGGUUGUUCGGGUAGUUCGCAAACACUUGAAAGACCAAAACAACAAAUAACAAUAAUGCAAGGUUCCCAAACUCUGGGUAAGCCCAAGAAGAAAUCUGGCUCACAGCGCCAUUCAGCUGGUAAUAUAGAUUAUGAUAAUAUUUCGGGCAGUCAGGAAGCAGAAGAUGUUCCGUAUCAAGAGCACCAACAUAUGCACACAUUACAUACGUCUACUUUCCGUAGUCGUAGCAAAACCGUUGGUGAUGCUUCCGAUGUUCUAGGCGCAUCAGCUGAUCCUCAGCAACACCUUUAUCAACAGCAGCAGCAGCAACAACAACAACAUCAUCAGCAUCUACAUCAACAGAGUGAUAUUGAACGUAUAGAUCCCGGUACUAAAUCCGAAGGCGAAGAGGAAUUCCAACAAGGAACUAUUAAAACAAAAGCCUCACUAGGGCGAACGCCAAAUCAUUUAACAUUAAGCACGACUUCAACGCUUUCCGUUGGCAGUACCGGAAGUCAGGCACGUUUGAUUCAAUCAUCACAUCCGCCAUCAACGUAUCAACCAGUUCUUAUGAAAGACUUAGGUAAGAGUAGCUCUAAUACACAAGAUUUUAAAUCACAACAAGAUGAAAAUGCAUGCCAUGAAACUGCUGUUGCCAGUGACGAUGAUGAACUGGCUUUAGAGUCAGAUCUGCAGGCAGCUACAACUGCUGCAGCCUUAAAUUUAAGUCUAGGAAGUAGUGGUAGUCUCUUCACUAGCCCCAGCUUAAGUGGUGGUAGUGGGGGUUCCAGAAUGGAACACGACAGUGAUUCCAAUUCUGGCAAUAAUAUGCAUGCACCCAAGAAUAACAAUAAUAACAACAAUAGUAAUAAUAUAAAUAGAUUUUCUCCUCGACAAUCGCCCAAACAAGAUAUAGAAGUAAUUGAAAUAUUUAAGAGUGAAAUUGAUAAAAUAACUGCUGCAGCACAGCAGGUGUCGGUUGUACACAUUUCCUCCAAAGAGUCUUCCAGAAAAACAUCUAGUCGCCAUGCCAGCGACUCAGCCAACAACACUGUCGAACACACACAAUACAUGGACAAACAUUUGAGUGAACUAGAACAAGAAAAUUUGACUGACACCACAUGUGACAUUGAGGCCUAUAUGGCCAAUUUAAAAGAGACCUCAAUAGAAACAUCUGACCUGAACAUGGACGCAGGAGAUCAACAACAAAAUGACUCCAGCCUUUCCCCUGAACCCCAGACAGUCGUUGAAAAUACCCAACAAACGGUAAUCGCUGAUAUAGAAUCACCACCACGACCUUCAGUAGAAUCCGAUAGUACUGGUACUACUACGGGUACAUCUGAAAAGUCAGAAGAUGAAUCCGAAGACUGUGCUACUGCUGCUACUGUCGUUUCUGCUGCGCAUGUAAUAAUCGAUAAAAAGGUCGACAAGGUAUUCAAAUCAAAGUCAUCCGAUAAAAUAUCUAAAUCAACUAAAGCCGUUAGCAGCGGUAGUAACGGCAGCAGUAGCACAAGCUCGGCCAGUUCUAAAGCAAAACCGACCAAAUCACCACGUCAAAGCAUUUAUGUUUCUCCAGAUCGCUCUAAAUCUCAGGGUAGCUCGCCGGUACGUAUUAUUAAAAUAAAAUCACCUCGCACAAGUUUAAGUGAUCAGGGUAAACGUUUAAGCGUCAGUUCAAGUCGUGAUUCCUCUCAUGACCGCCUUUCGGCCGGAAGGCGUACACCAAGUCCUAGAAGAUCCUCAGAUGGUACUGGUAUUCUAAAGCGUUCAGCUAGUCCUUCGGGAGGAAUACUCAAAAGACCUGCCAGUCCUUCGAAGGCUAAAAGUCCCGAUCGUAGUUGUUUGAAAAAACUGACACCAUCACACGAUUGCAGUCUUGAAUCGCUGUCACCACAUUUAUCGCCUCGCAAUAGCAUCGAGUACUUGUCUCCAGACCGGUCGGGAUGCAAAAUGUGUCAGCAUCAUUCACCACGCAAUAGUUUCGAUAGUCGCAGUUCGGAGCCGAAUCUCGACUUGCCACGUUCUGUACUCAAAUCUCCUCGCGGUAGUUUCGAAUCCCGUUCGCCUGAUCGCAAUUUUGGCGGCUCACGAAAACGCAGUGCUUCGGCCCAUGCUCAUAUCGACAAUGGCGAUGGCGGCAAUAAAGGCAAAGAAGCUUACUAUCAGUAUUAUCCCAUAUAUGACAAUCGCACCUGUAGCGAUCAUUAUGUUUCCGUAAGACGUGAUAGUGCCACUCGUACUGACUCCACUAGACGUGUUAGCAAAUCCUUAGAACGUUCUUUAUCCCGUGACAGCACCACAAGUAGUUCGUAUCGCUAUGGUGUUUCACCUGAGCAUAUUUACACCAUUAAUACAUCCGAUUCAUCGGGUCCCAUACGUUCUCAAUCAGCCGAAAAUGCAUUUUCCAGUUAUAGACAUGAGGCAGCAGCUGCAGCUGUUGCUGCGGCAAAUACUGAUCAAUAUUAUCAUCAAUAUGGCCCUCAAACAAAUAUCACUUCCACACCUUAUAACAUUUACCAUGAACCACAAUGUCCUCAUGACCGUCCCUAUCAGUUGAGCUCUUCAGCGCCCGAACAUACAACAUGCAUGGAUUGUCUGUAUCAGAAGAGACCUUCCUAGCAUAGGGCGCGUGUACGACAAAGUCGUACGCGCAAAAAAGUACCACGAGGUGCGGUAGUAAUGGCUUCGUAUGCUGCCGAACCCUGCGACAGUAAUAUGUUCGAUUCCCAAACGACUAUAGUCCAAAGGCCUAAUGAGUCCGGUGGUUGUGUAGAUUGUCAUGAUUUCUAUGAAAUACAUGUUUAAAUUUAAAUGAAAAAUAUGAAGAACAACAAAUAAUUUAAGAAAUGCAAAAGAGAAAAACAAAAACAUAAAUAAACUUCCAAUCAAAUACGUAUGUUAGUUUCAAUAAAAUCAUAUGCUGAUUAUAGAUAUAUUCAUUAAAAUAUUAGAUACAAAUAAUAACACAUUACAAUAUACUUCAAUAUUAUUUCAUUUAAAUUAAACACAACAAAUUCACAAUUUUAUUUUAAAACUUUUAAGAUGAUGAUCAAUUAAACUAGUCAUGUUAACAGAAAUGUUAAAAAUUUAAAUUCUAUGGCGAUCUCUGAAUACAAUAUCAGGUACAAUUUUAAAUCAUUAGAAACAAACCAUUGAAAUCUCAGAAAAUGAACAAUAUUUUCCUUGAGAUCAUGAGAUAUGAAUGAUUUUCAAAUGAAAUCCAUGUUUAUGAUAGAUUCAAAAGCGAGCGAAUUGAACUAUUAAGCACUAGUCUAAACACUAGUACCAAUAGGUCGGUAUUGUAAUGCAAUUUCUAGAGAAAUACUACAAAUCUGUUUGAAAAUCAUCAUCUUAAAAUUAAAUUUUCUCAUUUAAAACAAACGACUUAACUCAAAAAGGAAACAUCAAAAUAAAAUUAAUAACAAGAAUUGAAGAUUUCAAAUAAAUCAGGAAUUUUUAUUUUUAAUUGACGGACGAAUAUACGGUUAUUUUUAAAACAAAAAUCAAAACAUUUAAUAGGCAAAUAAUACAAAAUAAUCAAAACAAAUAUAAACUCCAUAAACAUAAAAUGUUAAAUCCACUUUAAAUAAAAUAAACGUAAUAGAAGUAAUUUAAUUGUAAUCAAAGCAAAAAAGUAAACCUUUAUUGACUCAGUGUUGAACAUUUUGAUGUACCUCAAAUCAAAAAGUAUUCAUUAUAGAAAACAAGCAAAAAAAAGAAAUAGAUAAAACUAAAUCAAACAAUUUGAAUGUUAACAUAAAUUAAAAUAAAAUAUAACUGGUAGAAUUUAAAAUGUUUAAAAAUUAAAAAAAAACAAAAUAAAUCAAAUAACUAAAUAGUACAUAGACAAACAUCAAACAUAAAGCAUAACAUAUAUAAAAUCAAACAAAUAUUAAAAUUUAAAUAUGUAAGGAAAUUGUAUACUAAAUAUACUUAAACAUAUAUGUAUACAUAUAAAUGUAUUUACAUAUAUAUGGGUAUAUUUACAUACAUAGACAAAUUCAUGUCCUUUCUCUCUCUCUCGCUAUCCUAUAAUUAUCUAAAAAUACAUUUACACUUACUAAAACACCUAAUCUAACAUAAAUACAUACAAAUUUGCUUUAAAGCGAAUUCUCUUAAAAUAAAAUAAUUAAACUGAAAAAUAAACUUAAAUAAAAAAUGGCUUAGCAGCAAUAAAAUCAAAAUUACUUGUAAAUCGAAUAUUCAAAAUUGAUGACAAGUAACAAGAGCAACUUUCAAAUUUUGCAAUAUAAACCAAAAAUACAUAAUAAUAAUAAUGAAAAAGAAAUAAAUAAAUAUACCAGCAACAUAAAUAAAUAGAAAUAAAUAAUCAAAAAUAUUAACUACAGUCACACAAACUAAUUAACAUACACACUACAUAACUAUAAAGUAUACGUCAAAUUUAAAAAUAUUAAUAAAUAAAUAAAUACAUGUAUGAAUGUGUACUUAUUUAUUUAUACAUUAAAUAGCAAUUAAUUGAAAUUCAAAUACAUACUGACAUUAUGAAUAUACACCUACCGACACAUACAUACAUAUUUAUUUGAUUGGUUUAAUGUUAAUUUGAGAUUGUUUGACCUAAUACCUUGCAAAACUUCAGGAACAUAUUAUUGAAAUAAAAUCACCUCGCAUAAGUUUAAGCAUUAGAGAUCGAAAAGCUCUAUUCGUUAUGAUCCAUAUCAUUGACUUUGGACAGUAAGUCUCUGAAGAUCCCUGUAUCGCCCUAUUAUUAUUAUGUAUUUAAAAGAUAUGAGAACAUAUGUCACAGGAGAGGACGGAUGGCUUCUAUCAACACUAUCCAAUCCAAUGACAAUCGCAUCUGAAAUAUGUUAUGUUCGUUAGACGUGAUAGUGACACAUGUACUGAAUCUUCGAAAUGUAUUGGAAAUGCCUAAAAACAUGCUUUAUUCUCCUAAUAAUAUCAAAAACAAUUCAUAUCGCUAACAUAUUUCUCCCGAGCAAAUUAACACCAUUAAAACAUGCGAAUUUUUGGGUCCCAUACGUUCCAUGUCUGCCGAAAUGCGUGCACUGUUAAACAAAAACCUUCUAGGCUAUUUAUUCGAAACUAGUUGGAACCAAAGUAACAGAUUUAUAAAUCAGCGUUCUAUUGCUUAACAACAAACAAAUUCGAAGACUUACAAGUCUUUCAAAGAUUAAAAGACUCGAUCACAGUUAUUAGAAAACCGUAUCGAGUUGUAAAGUAAUCCCUUCAAUGUCAGAUAUUCGCAGAAGUUUUGAAUCCCAUUUACCUGAUCACAAUUAAGAAAGACUGGAAUAAACAAACCAAACGGUUUUUAGUUCAAAUCUGAAUUCUUCCUAUGAUUGCCCAUCGACUAAUGGGAAUAUACAAAACACUAAAGCUAUUGGUAAACGUUCAACUCAUGAUUCCUCUAACCGAUUGAUCAACGUAGUAAAUCAAAACCCAAAAGAUUUUCAGAUGGCGUUCAGCUAUUACUUUUGGGGAAAUGCUCAAAAGACCUUCAAGUCUUUUAAAGAUUAAGAGACUCGAUCACAGGAUCGAUUGCCCAUCGACUAAUUGGAAUACACAAAACACUAAAGCUACUGGUAAACGUUCAACUCAUGAUUCCUCUAACCGAUUGAUCGGCGGAGUAAAUUAAAACCCAAAAGAUUUUCAGAUGGCGUUCAGCUAUUACUUCUGGGGAAAUGAUCAAAAACCUACAAGUCUUUUAAAGAUUAAGAGACUCGAUCACAGGAUUGCAGUCUUGAAUCGCUGUUGACCCAUUUAUCAUCUCGCAAUAGCCGAUCGAUAUGCAAAAUGUGUCAUGAGCAUUCGCCAUGCCAUAGUUUCGGCAAUCACAAUUCAGAGAGACAAACACGACUUGCCACAUUCUGUAAUUAAAUCUCCUAGCUGUAGUUUUGUUCGUUGGCGCCGUACACCAACUCUCAAAAGAUACUUAUGAAUAUGUCAUACAGCUAGUAGUGUCGCAGUAUUCUACAAGAGAUUCAUUCUGCCAGUAAUUCAUUGGAAAUGCUCAGAAAAUCUACAAGUUUUUCUAAGAAGACUCGAUCGCAGUUAUUUUAAAACUGAUCACUCGAGUUCAGCUUGAAUACUUGUCGACCCCUUUAUCGCCCCGAAAUAGCUUAGAAUACUUGUCCACUUAUACAAAAUGAUAUUUUAGAUUCAUCCACAAUAACCUUUCUUCUAUUUCGAUCGUAAUUUAUGAAGCUCACGGAAACGUAGUUCUUGUAGCAAUAGAUUCAAUAGAGUCUAAUGACAAUACUAUUUCAAAUAUAACAUUAGUUAUUGUAGCGAUCGUACAAAAUCUGCUAAACGUAUUGAAAACUUUUUAGAAUGUACCUUAUCGUACUCACCUCAAUCACUACUUUUUAGUGAGACUUGAAAAUCCAAAUGAAAUUUAUAACAAACCUUAAGAGGGGCACUUAGAUAUUCCCCACAGAUAUUUAAUUUGAUGAAACACCACUUAUACACUUAUAUAUCGAUAUCUGGUCAACUCUUGACCUUAAGAAGGGCACUUAGAUCUUCCACACAGAUAUUUAUAUUGAUUAAACACCAUUAAUAUACUCACAUAUCGAUAUCUGGUCACCUCUUGACUAUUUCUCCAUUCUGCCAGUACUUCAUUGGACAUGGUCAGAAGAUCUACAAGUUCUUCGAAGAAGACUCGAUAACAUUUAUUUUAAAACUGAUCACUCCAGUUCAGCUUAAAUACUUGUCGACCCAUUUAUCGCCUCGAAAUAGCAUACAAUACUUGUCUGCGGAUACAAAAUGAUGUUUUAGAUUCAUUCUUAUAAAUAUCGACAAUUGCUGUUAUUUUGAUCGUAACUUAGGGCAAACAUAGUUCUUGCAGCAAGAGAUUCAAUAAGUCUAAUGUCAAGACUAUUCCAUAUAAAACAUUAGCUAUAGUAGCGAUCUUACAAAAUCGACGAAUCGUGUUGAAAACUUUUUAGUUCGUGCUCACCGCGAUCACUAACUUUCAGUGAGAUUCGGGUUGUUCGUGUUCGAUAUACCACAUUGACGAUAUUCAACCAAGGUACAGUAGACAUUACCGACAUCUUCAGACUUAAAAAUUACAUUCACCCCUAUUCUGCAUUUCGAUUAUGUUUCCGCAUUCAGUUACGCUGCGAUCGGAAAUUGGUAUUCCAACAAAAAACGGAAUCGCAAUAAAAAGAAGAAGCAAUUCCAUUUUAUUUCAAUGCUUUACGAUUGUGUGCAUUCUGCAUUACGAACGUAACUACGUUUCUUCUGUAAGUCGUUAUUUUAGUGACGAAGCUUCGAUUCGAAUUGAAAUGCAGAUUAGGAGUGAUUACUUUUUCUUUUAAAAAGUACUUACAUAAUGGAAACUGGCAUUUCGUGUAAUUUUAAAGUACAGAAAUUACUUGCGUUAAAUGAAAGAAGUCACGAAAAAACCUACUAGUGAUUUCAUGGGCCAAUUCUGACAAACAUGAACGAACUGAUACACCUCGAUAGUGUUCACGGUUCGCACAAUUCAAGAUUCGCAAAAUGAAUUUUCCGUGACAGUCACCGUAUUCGCUAUGCGAAUAGAAACAAAUUUUCUAUACAAAUUAAUAGUUUAAUUGUGGCAACUGCAUAUAAUUAUCUUGACGUUUGGGUGUUUAUAGAGGAAAAAAAUUUAUUUAAACAACAUUAAAGGAAUAAACAAUUUACUACUACUUAAUUUCCCUUUUUUUCUUAAUAAUUUAUAUAAUUAAAUUUUAUAAUUUGUUUUUAAAUUAUGUUGUUUACUUUUAAUACCAUUGCAUUUAAUGAAUGAAUGUUUAUUAAGUAUACAUCAAUAUACAUUAAUUUAUACAUACAAACAAACAUAUACUAGCAUAUUUACAUAAAUAUAAUGAAAAGUUUACAUUAAUACAAUAAUAAUACAUUUACGAUUUCAAGAUGAAGAUGAAGACAAUUUAAAUGUUGUUCGUAUUUAAAAAAAAGAAGAGAAAAAGUUUAAAAAAACCACUAAGUUUGUGAUAUUUGUUUGUGAUUAUUUGUUAAUAGUUUAAAUUUAAUUAAAUGAAUAAAGGAUAUUAACAAAAAUAUCCUUAAAAACAACUGUGAGAAUUGAAACUAUUUCAUAAUUCUUAGUAAAAGGAAUUCAUAACACACGUAUCAAUAAUGGGAAAAAAGCAAUGUUGUUUAUUUAUUAUUAUUAAUUACAUUUAUUGUUAAAAAAUAAUUAUAAUUAUU